ACCCAACCCCCCAUUUCCCCCGUCCAACGCUCAUCCUCCUUCCAGCACAAAACAUCUCCCGCUGUCCCUCCUACCCACUCUUUCAUCGAAACAAAUACGCCUGCCAUAAAUGAUACCCCGGUAGAGUUGGAUAGUGUGCCUGCAAGCCUAAAAGGAGGUAAACGGAGGAACACGGCAGGCGAGGGAGAAGGCGGAGUAGUGAGUCCGAAUUUAGGAGAGGAGGAAGAUAUCAAUCAGGAGUUUUUGGGGGAGGGGAAGGAUGGGGUGAGCAAGGAACUGCGGGCUAAACGAGCAGCGAUGCUUGCCUCGCGAUCGAAAGACCCCGCUGUUCUAGUCGACCUUCCACAGGAACCUACGGCCGAGGAAGUCGAGGCUGCGAAGAGUGGGGAGGGGACCGUGACGCCCGGGUUG